AUGUCCGCGCAGAGGCUGCUCGUCGACGUCCACACCCACGUCUACCUCCCGCGAUACGCCGCCUUCCUCCGCACUCGCUCCUCCGUCCCGCGCAUCUUCACCCGCCCCUCCCCCGAGUCCGGCAAGCCAGAGGAACGCCUCCUCAUCCUCGACGACGAGCCCAGCACCGGACGCCCCAUCGGCGCACAGUACUGGGAGCGCGAUGAGAAGCUCAAGUUCAUGGACCGACACGCGAUCGACGUCUCCGUUGUAAGUUCCGCGAAUCCCUGGCUAGACUUCCUUCCGGCCAGCACCGCGCACACGCUCGCGACCGAGCUCAACACCGAUCUCGAGACGUACUGCUCCGCCGGGCCCUCCCUCUCCGACACCCUCAAGCGCCUCUACGGCUUCGGGCUGCUGCCCCUCGUCCCAGGCGCGUCGACCGCCGCGCUCGUGUCGACCGUCGAGCAGAUCGCCGCGCUCCCGCACCUCAAGGGCGUCAUCAUGGGCACGCGCGGGCUCGGCAACGGCCUCGACGACGCAGCCCUCGAGCCCGUGUGGGCCGCGCUCGAGGCCGCCCGCCUCGUCGUCUUCCUCCACCCGCACUACGGCGUCGACAAGCACGCCUGGGGCGACAAGGAGAACGGGCACGUCCUGCCCCUCGCGCUCGGCUUCCCGUUCGAGACCACGAUCGCGACCACGCGGCUCGUCCUCGCCGGCGUCUUCGACCGCUACCCCGGCCUGCGCGUCCUCCUCGCCCACUCGGGCGGCGCGCUGCCCCAGCUGUCGUCCCGCCUCGCGUCCUGCGUCGCACACGACCCGCUCGUCGCCGCCCGCCUGCAGCACGACGCGCGCUACUACCUCGGCAAGCUGUACUUCGACGCCGUCGCGUACGGCGCGGAGGAGCUCGGCUUCGUCAGCGAUGCCAUCGGGCGCGCGGACAAGUACGCGUCCGCGGGGGCCUCUGCCGCAGCAUCCAGCGCGAAGGGGACCGAUGGCACGGCGCAGAAGAGGCUGGGGGCGCAGAGGAUGCUGUUCGGGACGGACCACCCGUUCUUCCCCCCGCUUGGCGAGAGCGAGAAGUGGAAGAGCGUGGUCGAGAACCUUGAGGCGAUCGACGGAGUGUACGGAUGGGACGAAGCGGACAAGGAUGCUGUAAGGGGCGGCAACGCGAUCGCACUCUUCAACUUGGGAUCAUGA